CAAUACUAUAUAUCUGUAGCACGGGAACUAUCACGAUUGACUGGAGUAUGUCAAGCUCCAAUUACACAACAUUUUACUGAAUCUAGUUUAGGUUCAACCACAAUCAGGUGUUUUGAUCAAGAAGAAAGGUUUAUGGAUACAAAUCUUAAGCUUGUAGAUGGGUAUUUCCGGCCCAAGUUUCAUUUCUCUGGUGCAAUGGAAUGGUUAUGUUUCCGCAUGGAUAUGUUGGCAUCGAUCACAUAUGCCGUCUUUUUGGUUUUCUUGAUCUCAAUGCCGAAGGGAGUAUUCAGUCCUGGUGUUGUGGGUUUAGCAGUCACAUAUGGGCUUCGUUUCAGUAUGCACGAGGUCAUAUGGGAUCUUUGCAGUCUUGAGAAUAAUAUCGUAUCUAUUGAGAGGAUACUACAAUACGCCUGCAUCCCCAGUGAACCCCCUUUGUUGGUAGAAGAAAAUAAGCCAAGUCAUGAAUGGCCAUCACAAGGAAAAAUUGAUAUUGUUGAUCUGCAAGUCAGGUAUGCCCCACAUCUUCCUUUUGUCUUGAGAGGUCUCACAUGCACUUUUCCUGAAGGGAUUAAGAUUGGUAUUGUUGGAAGAACGGGAAGUGGUAAAUCAACUCUUGUGCAAUCUCUUUUCCACAUGCUUGAACCAACAGCUGGUCAAAUUCACAUAGAUGGUAUCAAUAUUUUCAAGAUUGGCCUUCAUGACUUACGAUCAAGACUGAGCAUCAUCCCACAAGACCCGACAAUGUUUGAGGGGACUCUAAGAAGCAAUCUUGACCCGCUUGAAGUUUACACUGAUGAACAAAUUUGGGAGGCUUUAGAUAAAUGCCAAUUUGGUGAUGAAAUUAGAAAGAAGGAAGGGAAGCUGGAUUCUUCAGUAACUGAGAAUGGAGAGAAUUGGAGCAUGGGUCAAAGGCAGUUAAUCUGUUUAGUACGGGUAUUACUCAAGAGGAGCAAAGUGUUAAUACUUGAUGAAGCUACUGCAUCAAUGGAUACUGCGACCGACUAUCUUAUUCAGCAAACCCUUAGGCAACACUUUUCAGGGUCUACUGUCAUCAUAAUUGCACAUAGGAUAACAUCAAUUCUUGAUAUCGAUAUGGUCCUCCUCCUCGAUAAUGGUCUUAUAUUGGAGUAUGAUUCCCCAGCCAAAUUGCUAGAGAACAAGUCCUCGUCAUUUGCAAAGCUUGUUAAGGAGUAUACUCGAAGAUGUAGCUCUAGUUUUUGAAAGGCUGAAUAAGUUUUGAAUGGUCAAA